ACGCGCAAUAGCUCGUGUGUUUACUCCAACAAUCAUCACACUGCUGCUGCGAUUGCAUCAUCAGAUGAGACCACAUCCGCCGCACACGCGCUAGAGAUGGAGUGAGAAGCAUCAGGUUGCUUCCGCCGGCGGCCAUUGCUGCCUGCCCAUCCAUCUCCACCGCCACCUCCACCUCCACCCCCGUCCGUUCGUCAUGCGUACAAGCCAUCCCCACACCUGACAACAACCACACUCCACAAAACCACCCCCAAUCCCCCUCCCUGCAUUCAUCCUCAUUCAUCUUCGAUCUCCUUGCUUGCUAGCUAGCUUGCUCCCCCGGACCUCGCUUUCUUGACCGCUCGCUCCGACGCAACGCGCCGCCGGUAAAGCUCGCAGCUUCUCCCUCUGGCCCCCGCUCGAAUCCGCUUCCCCGGCCCCCGGGUUUUCUUGCGAGGGUUCUGUGGGCUCCUGCCAAUGCUCGCCGGUCUGAUCCGUCCUGCUUGCUGAGGCGCUCCUCGAUUCGGUCCUGGGACGCGUCGUGCUCCUGAUCUGCUGCUGAUUCCUCGAAAUCCGGUGGAAGUCCGUCCGUCCAUCCUGGGUCUGAUUUGCGGGUGCCACCGGCCAUCUUCGCCUCCGGCAAUGGGAAACACCAGCAGCAGCAGCGCCGGCGGCAGCAGGCCCCACCGGCCGACGACCUCGUCGGACUCGGGGCUGCCGCACGCCGCGGCGGCGGAGGAGCUCAGCUCGUACGAGGCGGCGUGCCGGCACGACCCGGAGGUGCGCACCUUCGACUCCACGCUGCAGCGCCGCACCAGCCGCGCCAUCUCCACGCUCGCGGUGGGGGUCGAGGUGCGCUCCAUGUCGCUCGACUCCCUCCGCGGGGUCACCGGCUGCCUCCUGGACAUGAACCAGGAGGUGGUCAAGGUCAUCCUCGACUGCAAGAAGGACAUCUGGAAGAGCCCCGAGCUGUUCGACCUCGUCGAGGACUACUUCGAGAGCAGCCUCCACACCCUCGACUUCUGCACCGCGCUCGACAAGUGCCUCAAGCGCGCCCGCGACUCCCAGCUCCUCCUCCACGUCGCCCUCCAGCGCUUCGACGACGAGGACGACAACGACGGCGACGCCGCCGCCGCCGCGCCCGCCGCCCGGUACGCGCGCACGCUGCACGAGCUGCGCCAGUUCAAGGCGGCCGGGGACCCCUUCACGGACGAGUUCUUCGAGGCCUUCCAGGCCGUGUACCGGCAGCAGCUGGCCAUGCUGGAGAAACUGCAGCAGCGCAAGCACCGGCUGGACAAGAAAAUCAAGACCAUCAAAGCGUGGCGCCGGGUGUCGAGCGUCAUCUUCGCGAGCACCUUCGCGGCGGUGCUCAUCUGCUCGGUGGUCGCCGCGGCCAUAGCCGCGCCGCCUGUCGCAGCGGCAUUGGCCGCGGCGGCCGCGAUUCCGAUAGGGUCCAUGGGGAAGUGGAUCGACUCGCUGCUCAAAGGGUACCAGGACGCUGUCCGUGGGCAGAAGGAGGUGGUGAGCGCAAUGCAGGUCGGGACGUUCAUCGCCAUCAAGGAUUUGGACAACAUCAGGGUGCUCAUCAACCGGGUGGAGAUGGAGAUCAGCUCAAUGGUCGACUGUGUGGACUUCGCGGAGCGGGACGAGGAGGCGGUCAGGUUCGGGGUGGAGGAGAUCAAGAAGAAGCUGGAGGCCUUCAUGAAGAGCGUCGAGGACCUCGGGGAGCAGGCAGACCGGUGUAGCCGAGACAUCCGCCGAGCAAGGACCGUCGUGCUGCAAAGGAUCAUCCGGCAUCCCAACUGAGAGGCCAGGAUGAUGAAGAAUGUAAGGAAUUUGGUGAUAGUGAUGCACAUGAAAAGGUCUAUAUAGUCUGUAGCGUCGUAGACCAGCAAGCAAAGGAGGUGAUCAGUAUCAUAAAGCAAUAAAUAGUUCACUGCUUGCGGACUUCUGUGACGAAUCGCCAUUGCUAACCUGGUUAUUUCCUAGCACAAAUCUCGGAUGGUGGCUGGAUGGCUUUUAGUUUAUUUAUUCUCCUAAAAAUAUUUUUAUUUAUUAGAACUUGGGUGUGCUGACCUCUGGACUAGAUGCUUGUGUCUUUGGCUUAAUAAUCUCAAGGAGAAAAAAUGGGGUGGUCUGUGUUGGUUUCAACUCUGAAAUAUAUGAUUGCAACUGGAGAAAAGGUUGAAACAUUUGUGAUUAGUUGAAAUAUAUGUAAUGUGGCUAGUAAUUGUUAAUUUAUUUUAUUCGAUAAA